UGGUAAACAAACAAUACGCUUCAUAGCUAUGUUUUGAUAAGAAAUUCAUCGCAUCAGAAAUUCAGGAUGUUACAAAUCGAGGCGUUCAACAAAUACGCAACGCUAAAGGCAAUAGUCUAUCAUUCCAAGAGUGGCCGUGUAUUUUACUCCUACUCGCAGCUAUGCACUGCAGCUACCAGUUUGAAAUGUGCAAUACAAAAUCUCAACCUCAUCGGUCAGUGUUUCGGCGUUUCUGUAGUGCAUUCACCGGCGCUGGUGGCUGUUAUUUGCGGAAUAAAUUAUUCACAAUCAGCAUUUUACUGCUUCAACGCAGGUGGCAGUAUCAAUCGUGUAAGAGAAGAAUUGAAGCGUAUUGGUUCCCAUCAUUGUUUCUGUCGGGAGCAGGACGUUGCACGUUUUCAAACAAAUGACACCAGAUUCAAUAUAAUAUAUAAUUUUAAUUUACUUGACGAGAAAAUACAAUUGCUCCACUUUGAGUCGAGAACACAAACUAAAACUGCAUGUGAUAUUGCAUACUAUAUCGGAACUUCCGGCAGUACCGGACAACCCAAACUAGUCAAAGUACCAACACUAUGCAUACUACCAAACCUAGAACAAUUGAAGAACAUAUUCCAGGUGACACAGGAUGAUCGCAUUUUUGUAGCAUCGCCAGCAUCGUUUGAUCCUUUUGUGGUUGACGUGUUUCUGGCCCUACGAAAUGGCGCCUGUCUCACACUGGUUGCAAACGAAAUCCGUCUGAACGUUGAGCGAUUGCUGACUGUACUGUUUGAGCUGGAUAAAGUCACCAUCAUGCAGAUUACACCAUCGCUCUUCCAACGUUGGAGUGAACAGUCAAUCUCGGAGGUGAUUCUACGGAAUGGAAGUUCUUUAAGGCAUUUGGUGCUGGGCGGCGAACCUUUUCCAGUUCGAUUGAAGACAUUCGAACAAAGUUCGGUCCAUGUAUACAACAUCUAUGGGAUAACGGAAAUUUCUUGUUGGGCAACUAUCGAAAAAGUUAUCCCCGGUAUGGCUGAUCGCGAGGUAUCCCUAGGUUCACCACUAGAUCGCUCGAUUGAGUUGCAGCUGCGACAUGUCGAUGGUGGCAAAAUUGUAGACUUAACCGAAGAACGAAGAACAUACCCAGUUCGAGGUCAGCUUUUUAUAGGCAGCCGCACUCGAAAAUGUGUGGUGAACGAUGAACAUUUGGAAGCGGUUCUUGGAUCCGAAGAUAUUUGCUAUCGAAGUACUGGUGACCUGGUUGAACUACGUCAAGAUGGAAAAUAUUACUAUUUGGGUCGUUGUGACGACAUGAUCAAACGUUUUGGUACCAGAGUAAGUUUAGUACCAUUGGAACAGAUGGCGGAUCAGUGCGAUGGGAUAAUCAAAAGUUGUGCGGUAUUUGAUGGGAUACGCCAUAAACUGGCAUUAUUCUACAGAGCACACGAUGAAUCAGUUAACGAACAAAGCAUGAGGCAGAAAUUCAAAGUAUUACUCUCUAAUGAAACAAUUCCAGAUGAUAUCAUUAAAAUUGAUUCGUUUCCCUUGUCUAACCACGGUAAAAUUGAUAGGAAAAUGCUUCUCAAACAGUAUCAAGAGCGAUCUGUGCAAACAUUUAGCAAAGAUAGUGGCAUUCGUCAUUUAUUUAACGAGCAGAUCUUCAAAAUAUUAGGUAUAAGUUUAGAAAAACUUGACCAACCAAAGCGAUCCAAACCGGAUGUUAGAAGUUCUUUUCUGGAUGCAGGUGGAACAUCCAUUCAAGCCGUACAGUUAACUACUUUCUUGCAAGACUGCUCCACUUGUCCAAUUCCUAAUCUAAUCGGUUUACUAUUAGACAAGGCAGUGCCGUUGACCGAAGUUGGAUCAUAUAUGGACGAGACAAACCAGUCCUCUACGACGACACCCGCCGCAAUCAAACCUGAAACACUGGGGAAUAGGACAGAAAUCUGUAUUCAAACUAAGUUCGACAUGAACAAAUGCAUCGAUGCAAGUCCUACUACCUUUCACAGUGAGGGACAUAAUCGAACCUUCCUGGCGGUAGGAAGUCACUCUCACAAAAUAAUAGUAGUGGAUACACAAAUGAAUCAAAUAGUUUCGGAACUUACUCUCCCAGACCGAGUGGAAAGUGCGGUUAACUAUUUGGAGGACCAACAGCAUGGUCUUGUUGGAUGUUACGAUGGUUUUUUAUACUGCUUCGAUAUUUGGACAUCCACCAUUCGAUGGAAGUUUGAUUCAGGCGGAAUGAUUAAAGGUAAAGCGUUAAUAUCAGGCCCUUUAAUUGUAUUCGGCUGCUACGCAGAUGAACACAACCUUUUCGCUUUAGAAUUGAAAGGAACACUUGCUUGGAAGUUAAAGCUAGGAUCCAAAGGUAUUCUUUCGUCUCCUCUUGCAUUUUACAAUGGUAUGGCGUUUGUGGCUACACUCGAUGGCACUUGUUCAUGCUUCGUCCUCCAAGAUGGAACUCAAUGUUGGUGCAGAAAACUCAAUUCGCCCGUAUUUGCGGACUCGGUGUAUAUAGAACAUUUUCGUGUAGUUUUAGUAGCAGAAGUGCAAGGUGUCUUGCAUUGUCUAUCUAGUAAAUGUGGGACAGAGCUGUGGUCAGUAUCAACCGAAGGAAACAUAUUCUCUACUCCGAUAGUACUACCACGACAUGAGGAUUCUGUAGCAAUUCUGUUGGGUUGCCACGACAAGCAUUUGUAUUGUUUCAACUAUACCAUCAACAGUGAAAGUGCCACACCAAGUUGGAAAAUAAGAUUGCAAUCCCCAAUUUACGCUGGUUCGACGAGACUCGAUACGGAUCUGAUUGUAGUCUGCAGUACCACCGGCUACGUUAAUUUGAUUUCCCUAGCGGCAGUUCAAGUGAUUUCAGUCAUCAAAACAAGCGGAGAAAUUUUCUCUACACCGGUAGCUAUUGAUUCGGAAACAUUUUAUGUCGGAUGUCGUGAUAAUUUUCUCUACAAGCUUGGUAUACAGCAGCCGGUUUAAUACUGGCGGUUAUGGAACCAAAAAUCCUGAAUGCUUCUAAACUGGAUUCAAUCAACAACUCUUUCGGAAUAUUCUUAUCGGCACAUCUACCCUACCCUAUAUUUAUUUGGUUAAACAUAGAAAAUUAAAUGGUUAAUGAAGGCUGCAGAAAUGAACCGUUUACCUUGAAUUAACAUGUAGUAAUUGGUACAGAUUAUAGUCUUUUGUUAUGCUGAAUGAAAUCACUAGUGUAUUGCGCUGUCUGAUCGGAAAUAUGUGCACCUAUAUUGUAUUCAAUUCUGUAAAAUGUACUACUGCUAAAAUUAAUUGAAAUAUACCGUUAUUCUU